GAGCAUUGAUUCCCUGCAGAAAUUUGACUGUAUCCUGAAACACUUUUCAACCAAUAUUCCAAUAUUCUAUUUUUAUAUGAAAACACUGAAAAAAUGUUCUUUAAAGUGAUCAUAGGCCUACGGUUUUCUAAUUUAAGAAGAGCCCUGCUUAAUCUACAUGUUAAAACCAAUUGUUGAAAAAGUGUCUUUAUUUUUCAUGAGGGUAUCCUUUGAAAACCAAAGUAAAUUCCAAAAGAUUUAUUUCCUCCAUGCAGACAAAAACGAUGCUUUUAUCUUGACUGGCCAUGAAAGAAAGGUAGAAUUACCAUCAAAAUCACAUGGGUGAGGGUAUAACCUAAAGCAAAAUUAGUGACCAGUCCUGAUUGCAGCCCAGGGCCAAGCUUCUUCUUACAUUCCCUUUCCUAUUAGCAAUCAACAAAUGCAGAAAAUUCAGUAAAAUGGUUGUCACCUUCAUAAAGUCAGGAAGACUUUCCUUUAUUUUGCAACAUGGUCAGGCUCCCUGAAGGGAUGGUAGAAUGAAGUUCUAGCACAGGAAGUGUAGACAGGCCAGGAGUUAGACAUUCCAUUGGAAAUAGUGAAAUAAUACUAGCAAGGCAACAGAAUUGCUAGAGGAUUGCUAUUCCAAGAUCAUCAGCUCUUGAACACUCCCCACAGUUCUUCCCAAUAUUGCUGUAGAAAAUCAAAGGUAGCUAUAAAUAGUCUGUCAAAAAACCCGAAGUAACUCAAUUCACAGACCCUCUUGGGACCAAAACCAGAUGGUCGGGGAUUUUGGGGAAAAAAAAAAAAACAAACAAAAUAAUUUAGAGUGUGUAUGUCCUUGGAAAACACUUGCCUAAGCAGAUAUUAUUUUGCUAUUUUGGUAAUUUACAGUAGGCUCAGGAAAGGGCUCUGCAGUCACUGGAGUCUCUUCCAAGGGACAGGUGGCUGCAAAAAUCUCUGCAACAAAGCAUUUAAAAAUUAACCUGAUAACUCAAAGUUCACGAUGAAGCUGUGCAAGUUAUUUUCAUGACAUAAAUUGGGUACAACAUUUUUCUAAACUACUUGGGGCACUUUGUGAUUUCAGGGUAGCAAAGGAGAUUUAUUGCACUAUUUACUGCAGACUACUGAUGAUCUGAAACUAAGUAAUUAAUGACAAGUGUUGUGUUUUGAGCAAUGUAGCAGUAAUGUUGUGGUGCCUGUUUUUGAUUGUAAUUCAGUCCUAGUAGUUUUAUAAACCUCCCCCCCCCCAUUUUGUAUUGGUAUAGCAUAUUUUAUUACCAAUGGAUUGUUCCUUUCUCCCCUGUGUUGUUUGUUUUGGCCUGUGUUGUUUUUUUGUUGUUUUGCUCUAGUUGUCCAUCUCCCCAAAGACUUGCCCUUUUGUUCCCUGUUCCUCCUCCCACUGAAUGUCAGUCCUUCCCCAAGCCUGCCCCUUUCUGUACAAACUUCCCUAUCAAUUUUGUACCCUUCAAAACCUCAUGGGUUUGUUCAAGUUAUUCUCCUCCCCUGUAAUCCCCUAUCGGUUUAAAUAUUGUAUUCCCCGCCUUAUGUUCCACCCUCAGUUUCUCCCAAUUGGCUAAAGAUUGUACCCUCCCGUGGGACCUCCCUCCUUUAUAAGUUGGUGUGUGGGUUUGAUUUAGUGUCUUUCUGUCCCUGGCAGCUGCCUAGGGGUCGCUCACUCUUGCUGACAGUCUCGGGAGCUACUCAGGCAGAAGAAAUCCAGCACAGCAGCAGAAUAUGAAACCUUAGAUCACGAGGCCAGAACUUGUUCAGACUGAUUAUGUGAAUACCUCUGUAUCAUGGAAGGAGGAGAACUACCUUGGCUUUUGGUAAAUGAAAUUGGUGGCACUCGUGGGAUAUUACAUAGCCAUGUGCCAUUCCUGAAGAAACAUUUCCACCUCAUCACCAUGAAGGAAUUUCUUGAAAACAGAAAGGAUGUAGGCAAAAAGGUCCAAGCAAUCUAUUUGUGGUGGCACAAACCAGUCAUCGACAAAGAGCUCCUCCAGAGCCUGCCAAACUUAAAAGUGAUUGCAAAUUCAGGGGUGGGGAUGGAUCACUUGGAUCUGAAGCUUAUAGCUAGCUUUGGUGUGAAGAUGGCUAAUGCUCCACGUGCUGUUUCCAGCACCACAGCAGAUACUGGGAUGGCUUUGCUGCUAGCAUCUGCGAGAAGACUCGUGGAAGUCCAUAACAUUUCAAUUUCUCCAAGUAUGGACUACUGUGAAGCUGAUAUUCUGGGAGUUAAAGUUGCUGGAGCUACUCUGGGGAUCAUUGGCAUGGGCCGCAUUGGCUAUAAGAUUGCUGUGAGAGCCAAAGCAUUUGAAAUGAACAUUUUGUACCACAACAGGACACGAAGGAAAGUGCAAGAGGAGCAAGCUGUCGGUGCCACUUACUGCAAAAAGAUAGAUAGCUUGCUCCAGCAGGCAGAUUUUGUGAUGCUGGUGGUGAGCCUGACACCUCAGACACACAAGCUGAUCGGGAAAAGAGAGCUGGAGCUGAUGAAACCCACAGCUACCCUCGUUAACAUCAGCCGAGGUGCAGUAGUUGACCAAGAGGCGCUGGUGGCAGCUCUGCAGACCGGUGUUAUCAGGGCUGCGGCUUUGGAUGUCACCUCCCCAGAGCCACUGCCCAGAGAUCAUGCAUUGUUAAAAUUAAAGAAUGUCAUUAUAACACCUCACCUCGGCAUUAAAACAGACAAGGCCACCUACAUGAUAACAGAGGAAGCAGUUGAAAACAUACUAGCAGCCCUGAAUGGUCUCCCCCUACCCAGUGAAGUGCUCCCCAGCUGAUGUGUGAAAGGAUAUUGCAUGUCUUUUUAUUCUUCUCUUUGUCUUUUUGUUCUUAUCUUUCCCCUGCACAUCAGCUCUAAAGAUCUUGUUAAAUACAAGAAUGUCCAUACACCUCACUAAAGCUUGGAAGAAAACA